UGAGGGCCUCAAGCAUCUUCCCAAUCCUAAGUGUGAUUCUGCUUUUCAUGGGUGGACUCUGCAUCGCAGCUAGCGAGUUCUACAAGACUCGACACAACAUCAUCCUGAGUGCCGGCAUCUUCUUCGUAUCUGCAGGUCUGAGCAACAUCAUCGGCAUCAUCGUGUAUAUAUCAGCCAACGCCGGGGACCCCUCCAAGAGCGACUCCAAAAAGAAUAGUUACUCGUACGGCUGGUCCUUCUACUUCGGGGCCCUGUCCUUCAUCAUCGCCGAGAUGGUCGGGGUGCUGGCGGUGCACAUGUUUAUCGACCGGCACAAACAGCUGCGGGCCACGGCCCGCGCCACGGACUACCUCCAGGCCUCCGCCAUCACCCGCAUCCCCAGCUACCGCUACCGCUACCAGCGCCGCAGCCGCUCCAGCUCCCGCUCCACCGAGCCCUCACACUCCAGGGACGCCUCCCCCGUGGGCAUCAAGGGCUUCAACACCCUGCCGUCCACGGAGAUCUCCAUGUACACCCUCAGCAGGGACCCCCUGAAGGCCGCCACCACGCCCACCGCCACCUACAACUCCGACAGGGAUAACAGCUUCCUCCAGGUUCACAACUGUAUCCAGAAGGAGAACAAAGACUCUCUCCACUCCAACACAGCCAACCGCCGGACCACCCCCGUAUGAAGCCCCCGGGCCCGCCCGCGCUGGGCAGGGC